CGAUGAACAACCACUAGUACACUGUAAAAAGUCUUUGUACUCCGUCUAGCUCCCCUCUCUAUUCCGAUACAACAUGGCUACACUAAGUUGAAGAAGAACAAAUCCAGACGGUCGCAACCCAUUUGCCAUCUUGCCCGUCAAGGAUGGGUUUUCUUGCUGCUUUAUCCGUGGCGCUGCUCGGUACGCUCUUGACGUACUCCCCGGUCAAUGCCGAGCAUUGGGCGGUCAUCGUGGCCGGCUCCAACGGGUACAGCAACUACCGACACCAAUCCGACGCCUGCCAUGCUUACCACGUCGUGCGACGCCACGGCAUCCCGGCCGAGAACGUGGUGCUUAUGAUAUACGACGACGUGGCUUGGCAUGAGAGUAAUCCGUACCCCGGUCAACUUUUUAACAAGCCCACAACCAAGAAUGCAUCGCAUGCGGAUGUGCAGCCCGUGGACGUUUACAAGGGCUGCAACAUCGACUUCCGCGCGGCCGAAGUGACCCCCGAGACCUUCUUGAAUGUACUGACAGGCAACAGCUCCGGAGCCUUUAAUAAGAAGGUGCUCAAUAGCACGAAGGACGACCGAGUGUUCAUCAAUUUCAUUGACCACGGGUCACGAGGCAGCAUUUAUUUCCCGCACAUGAAGCCGCUCACGGCCUCGAGACUGAAAAAGGCUAUGCAGACAAUGCACGACAAGAAAAUGUACAAGGAACUCGUGUUCUACAUGGAGGCCUGCGAGUCAGGUUCAAUGUUCUCGGAUAGUUUCUUGAAGAGCAUCAACGCAUACGUGACGACGGCUGCGAACGGCUUCGAGUCUUCAUGGGCAGCGUACUGCCCUCCUUUGGACGAGGUGAAUGGGGAACGCAUUGGCUCGUGUCUUGGAGAUCUGUACUCUGUCAACUGGAUGGAAGAUAGUGACCUGACGGACUUGUCAGGGGAGACACUCACAACGCAGUUCCACCGCGUCAAGAAUGCGACUACCAAGAGCCACGUCAAGUCGUUUGGGUUAUCCAAACUCAGUCACGAAAUCGUUGGCAACUACCAGUCUACAUACGACAAGAGCUACAAUGGCGACGACUCUGACAGCGAAGAUAUUGAGCCACUGUCAGCCGCAGCAGCGCGUGAUACGGAAACUGCUAUUGAAAGCACAGUAGAUGCUCGGGAUGUGGACCUGGUCGUUGCGUUCUACCGUUAUCUGCGUGCUGCCCCUGGCAAGAGUCGACGUGGAUUCGCGGACGAGCUCACUGCGACGAUCCAAGCUCGUGAAGUUGCUGACGAGGUGUUCGAGACGAUCACGGCUCUAUACGAGCAGCGCACUGAAUCAUCUCUGCUUCAAGUUGAAGAGCCCAAGAACUUGGAGUGCCAUGAGGAAAUCACCCGUAUUUUCGAGACUUCUUGCGCUUAUAGUGGUGGGCUCACCAGUUACAGCCUCAAGUAUGUUGGUACAUUGAUGGAUCUCUGCGAAUCGAGCCUGCCGCAAGAUGAAGUGGCGUCCAUCGUGCACAAAGCGUGCUUGGUGGUGGAGACCCGUCGUGCUCCAAGAAAUGAUGUGUUCAACACUAAUGUAGCCAUGUUGGCCUAACAAGGGAAACGGAUGGACAGAAGCUGCCCGACUGGUGGAGGGGCGCAAUUUGCGAGUCAUUCGGCAAUUUGCUUCUGUCGAACGCAGUUGAAUUCAAAGUGGAGGAAAAAAUUCCUCCGUGCAUGUUACGUAUAGGGCCCCUCGUAGGUGUUCACAAUGAUACUAAAAAUGAUAUAAUGAGCCUGAACCGUUUGACAGCGGGUCAUGUUGACAACCUCUUGCUGAGUGAACACGAUC